AUGCUGCACCUUCGCCUUCAUGUCCAUGCACUCGCGGCAGCGGCGGCGGCGUCACGCGCCCUCGCGUCGCGCGCCGGAGCCCGUCCACGCCUCGCCCGCAAGCCCGUCUCGCGCGCCGCCAAGCGGCGCGCCCUGGCCAAGCUCGUCGCCGCCGACCCAGCCGCCAUCACCCCGGCCGCACUCUCGCGGCUCCACGCCCCGCCGGCGCUGCGGGCCAAAGUACGCCAGGCCCGCCGCGAGCGACCGCUCUUUGGCGGGGCAGACGCACCAGCCCCGCCGCCGCCAGCCGCUGCUGCUGCUGCCGCAUCGCGCAACGCCCCGUCGUCGUCGUCCCCGCGUCGCACGUUCGCCGACCUAGGCCUGCAUCCCGGCCUCGUCGCAGGCGUUGCCGAGAUGGGUAUCGCCGCUCCGACUGACAUCCAGACCUCGGCGCUUCCACAUCUGCUCGACGGUAAGUCUGCGCUUGUCGCCGCCCUCACUGGCUCGGGCAAGACCCUCGCCGUCCUUCUCCCGCUCCUUCACGCGCUCAAGGCUGCCGAGGAUCCGGCCGCAACCGCCCCUCCCGGGCGUCCGCGCGGCCUUAUCAUCGUCCCGUCUCGCGAGCUCGCACAUCAGACGCUGGGCGUUGUCAAGGCCCUCUCGCACUCGUGCCGCCUCUCGUCGAUGGCGCUCACGGGCGGAGUGACGCCGUCCAAGCAGCGCGCCGCCAUCAGGGGCAUGAAGCGUCCGCUCGAUGUGCUCGUCGCCACGCCCGGUCGCCUCGCAGACUCGCUUGCCUCGGGCGCUGUGGCACUCUCCCGCGCCGACACCCUCAUCGAGGGCUUUGACCUCGCAGACAUUCUUCGCCCGCUCCAUCUCCGCGCCACGACUUCGGCUCGUGAGACCCUGCCUCCGCCGCAAGUCGUCCUCGCCACGGCAGGCGUCUCGCCGCCGCUCGCCUCAGGCAUCAACUCCUUCCUCGCCCGCUACAAGCUCACCACCAUCGCCGGCCCGGGCCUCCACUCGCUCCCGCCCGGCAUCGACCUCGAGUUCCUCCGUCCACAAGCCGCUUCGCGCGACAAGGAGGCCCUCCUCGUCGACGUCGUCACCCGCACCCUUGCCUCGCCGCAUGCCCGCGCCAUGGUCUUCUGCAACACCAUCGGCUCCGCCCGCUGGGCUGCACACACCCUUGCUGAUGCCGCCAUUGCAACUGCCUCGCUCCAUGGUGGCGUCAAGCCCAACACCCGUCGCGCCCAGUACGCUGCCUUUCUCGACGGCUCCGCACCUGUCCUAGUUACCACUGACGUCGGCUCGCGUGGCCUUGACAUCCCACUCCUCGACGCUGUUGUCAACGCCGACUUUCCGCUCACUCCGCUCGACUUUGUCCACCGCGCCGGCCGCGUCGGCCGUAUGCUCUCCGACGUCGCCAAGGCCGCCUUGCCCUCGCCUGCUGCCCGCUCCCGCCGCGGCCGCAAGCAGCGGUCUCCGGGCCGUGUCAUCUCGCUCAUCGGCUCGGCAAAGGAUGCCUCUAUGGCCCAGUUUAUCCAGCGUGCCGCCGCCGCCGGCGAGCCCCUCGUCGACUUUCCUCACUCGGUCGGCGCGCCCGACUCGUCCGCCUCAUCUGCGCUCCUCCGCGACCUCGCCGCCAGAUCGGCCCCGCGUCGUCGCUGACACCCGUCCGCUUGCCACCUCGAGUACCACGUCCCAGUUGCUCGCAGCCUCCACGUCCACGUCGUGCGCAAUGACAAUAACCGUCACUUGCUCGCCAAGCGCCCGCCGCACAACCGCCGCCACAUCACUCGAUGCUGCGUCUUCAAGCGCCGCCGCAGGCUCGUCGAGCACAACCACCUUGGCCUUCC